AUGAGCAAGGCCUUGCAGGAGUGCCCCACCAGCGGCAUUCUAUGGGCAAAGGCCAUCGAGCUGGAGCCGAAGCAGGGGCAAAACGCCAAGAGUGUGGAUGCCUUGAAGAAGUGUGAGAACGACGCCCACGUGAUCAUUGCUGUGGCCAAGCUCUUCUGGCGCGAUGGAAAGAACGCCAAGGCACGCAAAUGGUUCAACCGCGCAGUGACCCUCAACCCUCGUUUGGGCGAUGCCUGGGGCGCCUAUUUGGCCUUCGAGCUCGAGAACGGCACCUCCCAUGAGCAACGCGAGGUGAUCCGCAAGUGCGUGGAUGCCGAGCCCAACCAGGCGAACGACGCGGGGGACCCGCGAACGACGCACUCAUGGGACCCUUCGAGUGGUCUCGCAUUGGCUAUGAGUGGAAUGGAAUGGGGCUAG